AUGAGUACACGAAACUACCAACUCGUUUUGGCCAUGUUAUUUGCUGUCAAUGAGAUCAACUUGAACUCCCAUAUUUUACCAAACACCUCUCUUGGACUUGAGAUUUAUAAUCUGCCAGCUAUUGGAAAGAACAUUUUUAGGGGUGUGUUCGCUUGGCUCACAGGUUUGAGUAGAUUGAUCCCUAAUUAUACAUGUAAAAAAGAAAGCAAAUCAGCUGCUACACUUACUGGGCUAUCAUGGAAAAUAUCUGAAACAAUUUGGACCAUAUUAGAUCUUUACAAAUUUCCUCAGCUUACUUUUGGGCCUUUUGAUCCUGUUCAGAUUGGUAGAAACCAGUUUCAAUCUCUCUACCAGGUGGCCCCCAAAGACACAGCUCUGUUGUCUGGUAUUGCCUCUUUGAUGCUUCAUUUCAACUGGAACUGGGUGGGACUUCUCAUCCCAGAUGACCACAGAGGUGCUCAGUUUCUAUCAGACUUUAGAAAGGAACUAGACAAAACUAGAAUCUGCAUAGCUUUUGUGCAAACAGUAUUAUACCUGGGGGAAACACUACUUCGUUUGCUAUCACAAGAUCAUAUCCACAUUCUAGAAUCAUCAACAGCAGAAGUGAUUGUAAUUUAUGGACCCACUUCUAUUCUAUUAACUUUAAUAGAAAGCACAUAUAGAAAGUACAACCUGAAAAAAAUUUGGGUUAUGAAUACAAAAUGGUUUUGCCCAAAUUUGGAACUAUAUAAUAUGUUAGAAUUAUCCCAUGGGGCUCUCAUUUUUUCACCCCAUUAUGAGGAGAUUGCUGGUUUCAAAAAGUUUAUGCAAGAAGCCACCCCCAAUAAGUACCCAGAAGAUCUUUUGCUUCAUUUAUUGUGGUACUGGUAUUUCAAAUGCUCAUUUUUGCAUUCUGAAUGUAAAAUAUUUAAAAACUGUCUGCAGAAUGCCUCUUUGGAAUUGUUGCCAGGGAGUAGUUUUACAAUGACCAUGACUGAAGAGAGUUACAAUGUGUAUAAUGCUGUGUAUGCAGUGGCCCACAGUCUGCAUGAGGAGACACUCAGUCAAAUACAAUUUCAACCACAGGCAAAUAUUGAUAGGACUCUGUUAUUCCCCUGGAAGCUUCACCCUUUUCUGAAGAAGAUUCAAGUGAAAAAUUCUGUUGGUGACCACGUGGUUCUGGACUGGAGAAGGAAGGCAGAUCCAGAGUAUGAUAUUACCAACAUUUGGAAUUUCCCAACAGGUCUUUCACUAUUAGUGAAAGUGGGUACAUUUGUUCCCAGUGCUCCCAAAGGGGAACAAUUGUCAAUGUCUGAAUAUAUGAUUAAUUGGCCCAUAGGAUUUACAGAGAUUCCUCACUCUGUAUGCAGUGAGAGCUGCAAUCCUGGAUUCAGGAAAGUUGUCCUGGAGAGCAAGCCUACCUGUUGCUUUGACUGCACUCCUUGCCCAGACAAUGAGAUUUCCAAUGAAACAGGUGAAGGACAAGUUUCUCAGAGGAUUUUCCAUUCUUUCUACAGUGCUCUCACAAACCUAA